CUUUUCUCACUCUUUCGACUCGAGUCCAUCGUUCGUAAGGAAAAAAAACUAAAAACGGAAACGAAAAGAAGCAAGCUCUGCUUCAUCUUGUCCGAAAAUUCUGCAGCUCGAAAGAAAAACCCUAAAGUGCACUUGAAGCUCUGGAGCUUUUUCUCUGUAAGGGUUAGGGUUUUCUGCCGGAGAGCGGCGGUUUUUGAGAGUUUCUGCUUGAAGGUUCAGAUUGAGAGAGUUGGUAAUAGCAAGUUUCUGUUUUGAAUGACUAAAGAGGGUUUAGGAAGAGGUUUUGAAAAUGGCGUGCUAAGGUUGGACUGGAGGGUCUCAUUGUGUGUGUCUUUCCAUGAACGCAUCAGACUGCUGGGGAACAUCUCAUAAUCUAUUUUGAAAGUUUCAGACGUACAACGGCCUUAUCAGAAACUUUAAAGGAUCAGAACCGAUCUUCCAUUUAGAACCCUAGUCUUUAGCGAUGUCUGGUCGGAUGUGAUCUUUACUGGCUUUCCGAUAGAGAUUUCAGAAGUUUCAAGAUCUGGUAGACAAGUCUCAGCAAUUUCGAUAUGGCGUCGAAAUCAUUCAAGGCAAGCAGAUCAAAUCUAUCGGUAUCAUCUGACGUUCCUGACUCACAGCAAAGCAAGCCUCCACUUCCUCCGAGUGUGACCUUUAGCAGGAGGACUUCUUCAGGUCGCUAUGUAAGCUACUCAAGGGAUGAUCUCGACAAUGAACUUGGCAAUGGUGAAUAUAUGAACUACACGGUGCACAUGCCACCGACGCCCGAUAACCAGCCCAUGGAGGUCUCCAUGGAUCCAUCUAUCUCACAGAAGGUUGAAGAGCAAUAUGUGUCAAAUUCUCUCUUCACUGGUGGAUUCAAUAGCGUAACUCGCGCUCAUCUCAUGGACAAAGUGAUAGAUUCUGAAGCAAGCCAUCCACAGAUGGCAGGUGCCAAGGGUUCUUCCUGUGCGAUACCUGGAUGUGAUGGAAAAGUAAUGAGUGAUGAGCGUGGGGUAGACAUCCUUCCUUGUGAGUGUGAUUUCAAAAUCUGUAGAGAUUGCUAUUUAGAUGCUGUUAAGACAGGUGACGGAAUUUGCCCAGGUUGUAAGGAUCCCUACAAGGAAACCAAUCAGGAGGACAUGGCCCUGGAUAAUGGGCGUCCACUUCCACAGCUGCCACCACCAGCUGGGAUGUCAAGGAUGGAGAGGAGGUUGUCUUUGAUGAAAUCAACGAAGUCAAUGUUGAUGAGGAGCCAGACAGGGGACUUUGAUCACAAUAGGUGGCUGUUUGAAACCAAGGGAACCUAUGGAUAUGGGAAUGCUAUCUGGCCACAGGAUGGUGGAGGUUUUGAAAAUGGGAAAGAUAAUGACAUUACUCAGCCUUCGGAACUGGUUAACAAACCAUGGAAGCCUCUUACUCGUAAAGUGAAAAUUCCUACUGCCAUUAUUAGUCCAUAUAGGCUCCUAAUCUUUAUUAGGAUGGCUGCCCUUGGCCUAUUUCUGGCAUGGAGGGUUAGCCACCCAAACAAUGAUGCAAUGUGGCUAUGGGGCAUGUCUGUGGUCUGUGAGAUUUGGUUUGCCUUUUCCUGGCUGCUUGAUCAGCUCCCCAAGUUUUGCCCUGUCAAUCGUUCUACCGACCUUGCAGUACUGAGAGAAAAGUUUGAAAUGCCUAGCCCUAACAACCCUACUGGAAAAUCUGAUCUUCCAGGAAUAGAUGUCUUUGUCUCUACUGCUGAUCCAGAGAAAGAACCACCUCUUGUCACUGCAAAUACCAUUCUUUCUAUCCUUGCCGCAGAUUACCCUGUUGAAAAGCUAGCUUGCUAUGUGUCCGAUGAUGGAGGUGCCCUUCUAACAUUUGAGGCCAUGGCUGAAGCUGCAAGUUUUGCCAACUUGUGGGUUCCAUUCUGCCGGAAACAUGCUAUUGAACCCAGGAACCCAGAGACUUAUUUCAAUCUGAAGAGAGAUCCUUACAAGAACAAGGUACGCCCAGAUUUUGUGAAGGAUUACAGACGGGUAAAGCGUGAGUAUGAUGAGUUCAAGGUCCGAAUCAAUGCCCUGCCAGAUUCUAUCAGGCGCCGUUCUGAUGCUUAUAAUGCUCGAGAGGAGAUCAAGGCCAUGAAGAUCCAGAGACAGAAUGCAGGUGAUGAACCUGUAGAAAGUGUAAAGGUUCCAAAAGCUACUUGGAUGGCUGAUGGAACACACUGGCCUGGCACUUGGUUGCUUCAUGCAUCUGAGCACUCCAGGGGUGAUCAUGCUGGAAUCAUACAGGUGAUGUUGAAGCCUCCCAGUGAUGAACCACUACAUGGCACUGCUGCUGAUGAUACUAAGGUCGUUGACUUUACUGAUGUUGAUAUCCGUCUACCCUUGUUGGUCUAUGUUUCCCGUGAGAAACGUCCUGGUUAUGAUCACAACAAGAAGGCUGGGGCCAUGAAUGCCCUUGUUCGAGCCUCUGCCAUAAUGUCUAAUGGCCCCUUUAUUCUCAAUCUUGACUGUGAUCACUACAUAUACAACUCCCAGGCAAUGAGGGAAGGCAUGUGCUUCAUGAUGGACCGUGGCGGUGACCGCAUCUGUUAUGUGCAGUUUCCCCAGAGAUUUGAGGGCAUUGACCCUUCAGACCGCUAUGCCAACCACAACACAGUCUUCUUUGAUGUCAAUAUGCGAGCCCUUGAUGGCCUUCAAGGUCCUGUCUAUGUUGGAACUGGAUGCCUUUUUCGCAGAAUAGCACUCUAUGGUUUUGAUCCCCCACGAGUGAAAGAACACCACCAACCUGGCUGCUGCAGUUGCUGUUUUACCCGUAGCAAGCGGUCAGUUUCCUAUGCGUCUGAAGAACACUGGGCCCUUCGGAUGGGAGGGUCUGAGGAUGAAGACAUGAACCUUGCCUUGUUCCCUAAGAAGUUUGGCAACUCGACUUUACUUGUCGAUUCAAUCCCUGUUGCAGAGUUCCAGGGUCGCCCACUUGCUGAUCAUCCAGCAGUGAAGAAUGGACGUCCAGCUGGUGCUCUCACUAUUCCUCGUGACCUGCUCGAUGCAUCAACAGUGGCAGAGGCUAUCAGUGUAAUUUCCUGCUGGUAUGAGGAUAAAACUGAGUGGGGCCAGCGUGUUGGGUGGAUUUAUGGGUCUGUUACAGAAGAUGUGGUAACAGGGUAUAGGAUGCACAACAGAGGAUGGAGAUCCGUUUACUGUGUAACCAAGCGUGAUGCCUUCCGUGGGACUGCUCCUAUAAAUCUUACUGACAGACUCCAUCAGGUGCUUCGAUGGGCCACUGGCUCUGUUGAGAUAUUUUUCUCUCGCAACAAUGCCCUCUUAGCCAGCCCAAGGAUGAAGUUUUUGCAGAGGAUUGCAUACCUUAACGUUGGAAUUUAUCCCUUUACCUCCAUCUUCCUCAUUGUGUACUGCUUCCUUCCAGCACUAUCCCUCUUCUCUGGCCAGUUCAUUGUCCAGACUCUUAAUGUUACCUUCCUUGUCUAUCUCCUGACCAUCACUGUGACCCUCUGCAUGCUCGCCAUUCUUGAAAUCAGGUGGUCAGGCAUUGAGCUGGAAGAGUGGUGGCGGAAUGAGCAGUUCUGGUUGAUUGGAGGCACUAGUGCCCACCUUGCUGCGGUUCUUCAGGGGCUACUGAAAGUAGUUGCUGGGAUAGAGAUCUCCUUCACCUUAACAUCAAAGUCAGCUGGGGAUGAUGUGGAUGAUGAAUUUGCGGACUUGUACAUUGUCAAAUGGACAUCCCUGAUGAUACCGCCUAUCACAAUCAUGAUAAUCAAUCUGAUUGCAAUUGCAGUUGGAGUGAGCCGAACCAUAUACAGUGUUAUACCACAGUGGAGUCGUCUUAUUGGUGGAGUAUUCUUCAGUUUCUGGGUCCUAGCACAUCUCUACCCAUUUGCUAAAGGAUUGAUGGGAAGAAGAGGGCGGACACCCACAAUUGUCUUUGUCUGGUCAGGCCUCAUUGCAAUCACCAUCUCCCUCCUCUGGGUGGCAAUCAAUCCUCCGUCCGGUAGUUAUGAGAUUGGAGGGUCGUUCCAAUUCCCAUGAUGGAUUAUUAUUUUUCAAGGUAAAAUCCUGUUUUUAAUAUUUCAUUAAAUUCUUUUCCCUGGAUGUAAUGCCUCCUGCGCGCCUUCACAUGUGCUCUUUUCGGUGUAUCGUUUUCAGCGGCGGUAGAAAAGGGAGCACAGAUUUUGUUGUUGGCUUUUUUCCCCUUUCUCUCUCACAUGUAUCCAAACUCUUCUUUUUGGUGCAAAUUGAGUGGGAAUUUCAAUUAUACAUAGUGUUAUUUACAUGCA